UAAAGAAAAAAGUAAAUACUUUUAUAACUGAAAUAUAGAAAAUUUUAUCAUAAGAAUUAAAUAAGAUAAAAUAAAACAAAAUGAUUAAAAGUGAAGACAUGUUAGAUACUAACGGUUGCGGAUCUUUGAAUCCCUCUCAUGGCUUGCAUCAAUUGAGCAACCAUCACUCGUCGCUGUAUCGUAAUUUACCCGCGAAUAUUUUGGCCUCUUCCAAUUUUCAACCCAUUAUGUAUGGGGCCAGUGCUGGUGAUCAUCACAUGAACAGUACAUCGAUGAUGCGUAUGCAUCAAGAUUCUCCCGAAAUGAUCGAUGAAAAACCCACAAUGCUACCCUCAUACACAAAUGAGCGUAAAUAUUAUGCCACAAUGAUGACUCAACCAGAUUCUAUAAAUUAUGGUUUGACUUCAUUGCACAGCAUGACAACACCGACGGCAUCUUCAAGUCCGAUCUCAUACGGUGUACUUUUCAGCAAUCAACAGAACAAUGUUGACGUUAAUGCUGCUGCUGGUAGUGGUAACGAAGAGGCACCACCCUCUGGGAACUCAUCACCUUCAGCCCAACGCACACCGACGGAAAACGAACUGCAGCAUUAUCACUCAACGAAUGGCAAUAAAAUUGUUAAUCUUUUACCCUCCACCAAUACACUGGGUCAACAAUUAAAUCAUCAUUACGCCUCCACCAUUAAAUAUUGCUCCAGCAAACCCUCAACGGAUUAUUUACAAAAUAACGAACACUCCGAUUUGCAAGAUCAUCAGCAACAUCAUCAUAAUCAUCAUCCCUCCAAUAACAAUGAACACAUGGAUUCUACCAACUCUAAUGAACAACAUUCUCUGCAACGUAUUCAACAUACCUCAACUUCGGGUGGUGUUAUUACCUCCGUUAAUAAUUCUCAAAAUGAUUCGAAUCAAAUCAUUUCCGCCAGAGUUUAUGCAAUUAGUUCCUCUCCUGCUAAAUCGGUUAAUAGCAAUAACAGUGAUAAUGUCAAUACCUCAUCAAUAAAGCAACAACAACAGCAGCAGCAACAAACAUCAGCAUCAUCGUCCUCUCAGGAUUUAUCAUCACCGGAUACUACGAAAAAAUCAGGAGCCAGACGUCCAGAAAAACCGGCUCUUAGCUAUAUAAAUAUGAUUGCUAUGGCCAUCAAAGAAUCACCAACGGGAAAAUUAACACUUAGUGAAAUUUAUAGUUUUCUACAGAAGAGAUUUGAUUUCUUUCGUGGUCCCUAUGUGGGCUGGAAAAACUCUGUGCGCCAUAAUUUAAGUUUAAAUGAAUGUUUUAAAAAGUUGCCCAAAGGAAUGGGAGUGGGAAAACCUGGCAAAGGCAAUUAUUGGACCAUAGAACAAAACUCUGCCUAUAUGUUUGAAGAUGAGGGCAGUUUGAGAAGAAGACCCAGAGGUUAUAGAUCAAAAUUGAAGGUUAAACCUUAUGCUGCUGCAAAUGGCUUCUACACGACUGGUGCCUAUGAUACAGGAAUGGACAAUCCAAAUUUCUACGCUUCUCAAGCCUUUACCUCCUAUGAUUAUCCCUCAGCUGCAAGUGCUGGUAAUUUCAAUGAAGCUUGGGCUCCACAUGGUCACAGUCAUGGUCAAAAUACUCUACCUCAGUAUUCGAAUAUAGCCGUUUCAUCGGCUUUACAAAAUAACAGUCCUACACCACCGCUGGCUCAUGCCAUUUCAAAUGUCUCCACCAGUAGUUCAUCGCCUGCGCCCUCAGUAUCCACCGGUUCUAUAAUUACGGCGUCAGCUUUGCAAUCAAAUCCCGGUUUAGAUUAUGCUACAGCAUCAUUAGUAGCAGCCGGCAAUGGCUAUAAUCCAUAUGGUUCAUCACCAACAGGCGCCACUUACAACAUAGACAGUGGUUUGCGUUCAAUGUCUUUAACCCAAAUGUCUUCAUUGUCAUCAGCCCAUCACCAUUCCCAUCAUCAUCACCAAAAUUCACAUCACAAUUCGUCCAUGACACCUCCACCACCUUUGCCACCAACCUCAUCAUCAUCGUCUUUAUUAAAUCUGCCCCCCACAUCGUCGUCAGCCUCAACAACAUCUUCAUCCUCAUCGUCUGCAUCGGCAACAUCACAUUUAGUUGAUCGUAAACCGAUUUAUUUACCCCCAAUGACUCCACCGUCCGGUACAAUAUCGACGCCGCCACUGCAUCAACAGCAUCUAAGUGUGGGUGGUUCAAAUAGUUCGGGAGGUGGCGGUAAUAGUGGUGAUGGUGGUUCUUCUUCGUAUUACGAACACAUAAAAUAUUCAAACUAAUAACAACAACUAGAAUUUUUAUUUCCUUUUUUUAAAAAAUAUUUUUAGUUUUACCAAAUACCUAAUUAUAAACACAUAUAGUAUUGUAUGUUCAAAAUUUUAACAGCUAGA